CACAAAUCUUCCCAACUUCGAGUGCGGAAGGAGGAUGGCUGUUGUGUUUGGGCGCUGCGUGCGGAUGUUGGUGUUGUUGUCAGUGGUGGUGCUCUUGGUGCUGGCAGUAGGGGUUGAUGUGUGUGAUGGAGCGUGGAUUGAACCGACGAUUCUGGGGCCUGACGACCGCAUCGCAUACAUUCGACCACGCAAAACUGGGUCAACUUCCCUUGUCUCCUUCUUCAGACAGGCUGGAUGGUGUGAGAACCACUGUGUGCCGGGGCUUGGGGUGUGCGCGGAGUGCUUGUACACGUGGGACUGCUCGCGAUGCCCGGAGCUCAUGACGACGUACAAGCAAUGCGGGGAGUGCAGCCACUUGAUGCUUCCACUCUUGCGCUCCAGGUUCUCCAACGUGCAGCGUGCGCUCAUCGACAGGAAAGGGUAUGGCAACGGGCGCAUGUACACGGUGAUGCUCUUGCGUGACCCCGUGGACCGUCUGCUGUCCUUCUUCUUCUUCGUGCGGGCAGCCUGUCCCUACCGUGGCUCGGAGGAGCUGGCGCAGGAGGCCCAAAAGAAGCUCAUUCCUCUCCCUUGGCUGAUUAACUCCCCUGAAGACCUGCAAGCUGCCAUAUGCGACGGUGACUUUGAGACGUUUCUCAAGCUCACGCCGGUCCACAACGAAAUGGCGGAUCUGCUUGUAGGCAUCUCGUACUUCGAUCCGAACAUCACGUCGCAGCAGUGCGACAAUGCGCUGAUGCGUCUGGAGGAGAUGGCUGUUGUGCUCUUGAACGAGGAGAUGGAGGAUGGUCUGCACAUGCUCAAGGCCACGCUGAUCCGCCCACCAGAGGCCCCGCCCCCGCCGCGCGUGCCGGAGAGCCAGCUGUUCCAGCAACACGUGCGCGCGUCGCGGUCAGAUCCGCUGCGCGACGCCAUUCGCGCCAACGCCACGCUGGUGCACAUGCUCAAGCAGUACAACCACUGCGACGAGCGGUUGUAUGCGCGGGCGGUACAGAUCUUCCACGAGGCGAAGCAGCGCCUGUUGGGCUAGAGCAAGGCCAGUAGAGACUGCAAUCACCAGGACAGGGACGACGAUACUUGCACGUGCGCAUGUUUGCUUGUGUGUGUGUGUGUGUGUUUGUGUGAGGUUGUGCGUGUGCGUGUGUUUGCAUGUUUGUGCGUGUGUGGGUGUUUGUGCGUGUUUGUGCGUGUUUGGGUGUGAGGUUGUGCGUGUGUUUGUGUGUGUUUGUGCGCGCGUGAUGUUGCUGCACUUGUAUUGGUUUGUUGCUUGCAGCGCGUACAGAGUCACGC